GCCCAAAUUCCAACACUACCAGCCAAGUCAAAUAUCAACAGCGUCAAUAGCACAUGAAUUUACUUCGGUUACAAUAGCAUUGACUAGAAUUUGCAAACAGUGUUUAAAAUACAAGUAGGGCGGAUUUGUAAACAACACAAUAUUUGAAAUUUAUAAUUUUGCGUUAAAUUAUAAAAAGAACGCACACCACAAUUGAAACAUUCCUCAAUUCAUGACCGAUGAAAAACCUCAUUAUUGUGGAUCACGUACGAAUGUAACCAUACAAUCCGUGUUGACGGGCCUCGACAUUGUUUGUUCCACGUAUCAAUUUCAUCUGUGCUAAACGCUGAUGCGUGUCUAGUUCGUCAAGUUCGUGCAAUGCUAGAACCCGGUACUACAUCACAUAACAUUGCCUACGACAGCAUACUAACCGGGCUACAUGUUAGAGAGCGGCUAGUACCGUCCUGCGCAUCUUGAAACGUAACAAUUACACAGGAACAAUCUGUUCUACAUAUAUUGUUCGGUCGGUAUGAUGAACUGUGGUUGUAGAAUUGUGUCUUAAGUUUAUGUGAAUGCAAUUUGUAAUUUUCCGCCGUCAAGAGCAAUGACCGCAGAACCUGUCACUUGUAAGUCAUUUGUCGGGACUAUUCUUCUAGGAAUACUAUUCAUAUUGAUUUUCUUAGAUUUGCCUUUGUUAUGUGAAAGUCAUAGUCACUCUGAUCACGGACGUUCACAUUACCACGAACAUGACGAACACCGAGGACACACACACGACCAUAUGCACCAUGAAUUACCAUCAUUUAAAUAUUCCAGAGAAGCCAAUAUAAAUUACGAAGCUCCAUUACAGAAGUCCAAAAACGCGCAUGCUAAUGGUGAAAAAGAAAUUAAGGAUACUUUCACUUUGUGGACUCAAGCAAUUGGCUCUACAGUACUUAUCAGUGCAGCUCCAUUUUUUAUUUUGUUCCUAGUACCAUUAGACAACACUAAAGAAAAGGAGCCACUGCUGAAAAUCCUGCUUAGUUUUGCAUCUGGCAGUUUAUUGGGUGAUGCAUUUCUUCAUUUGAUUCCCCAUGCAUUAGUAGCCCAUUCACAUGAAUCUGAUGAGUCCUCCCCCCAUACACAUUCCCACUCCCAUGGUGGGGCUGGUGAGAGUAUCUCUCAUGGACAUGAUAUGGUCGUUGGUUUUUGGGUUCUUUUUGGGAUCAUAGCAUUUCUGAUGGUGGAGAAAUUUGUGAGACUGGUUAAAGGUGGUCACAGUCAUUCACACAGUGGUCAGUCGCAUGGUUUGCUAUCAGAUGAUGAGCAUGACAGGAAGGAAACUGACUCUGACAGUAAUGAAAGCUCAUCUAGCAACAAACUUGAAAGUGAAAAUGAUGGUAAUAGAAGAAAGAAAGAGAAAGAAGGCACUGAUAAAGCAGCAGCAAAUCAAGACGAUGAAAUUAAAGUGUCUGGUUACCUGAAUCUGGCUGCUGACUUUACCCACAACUUUACUGAUGGUCUGGCUAUUGGUGCAUCAUAUCUUGCUGCCCAAAAUAUUGGCAUCAUCACAACAAUUACUAUUCUGUUGCAUGAGGUGCCUCAUGAAAUCAGCGAUUUUGCUAUACUGAUCCAGUCUGGCUGCAACAGGAGGAAGGCCAUUUUUCUACAACUCAGCACUGCAAUAGGGGCUCUUGCGGGAACAGUCGUGUCUCUGCUGGUGAAGGGUGAAGUAGCAACCACAUGGAUUCUACCUUUCACUGCAGGAGGAUUUAUCUACAUUGCAACAGUGUCUGUGAUUCCUGAGCUGUUAGCAGAUACCAAACUUUGGCAGUCUGUUAAAGAAAUUAUAGCUUUGUUGUUUGGUGUAUACAUGAUGGUGCUCAUUGCAGACUAUGAAUGAACAAAGUAUACAGUGAACAAAAUAAAUGCUUCAAAUUCCAUCAUUAGAGUACUUAUAUUAACAUUAUAUUCCUUUAUUUUUGUGAUAGAUAGUAUAUAGACUGGACUUUCUAGCAUGGUUCAUUGAUAGAAGACCCAACAGAGUUUAAUAAUUUGAAACAUUUCAGUGUUAUAUCAGUGUUAAUAAAUUUCAUUUAUGAUUUAAUGACACUGUCAGUAUCUCAGAAUAUAAAGCAUUGACACUCUUAACACAAUACCACCUUCAGAAAAGGAAUACAAAUCAGAGGCUUGGUUGGUAGACAUGAAUUCAAUUCACAGAGUUUUCAUACUAGGAAACCAACAGAGCAGUCUCAUCUUCUAUAUGUGCAUGUGUAAUGUUUAGACAAAGCAUUUGUGAACGUCAUUGUUUCAAGGGCUUAUAAUGUGAAGCUGUUAUGUAUAAUUUGAGGUUGUCACAGUGGUGGACAUGAAGAGUUCCAUGCAGUUGUGUGUAAUCAGUCCAUUGACCCAUCUACACUUCAUAUGAGUUUUGGUAGUCACUGUAAAUAAAAAUAUCCUGAGAUA